AUGCCUGAGCCAAGUGGCCACUGGUGCCUAGGUCUCCUUGCAUCUGGAGCAGACCUUCGGUCCAUCUGGGUCCUUGGAGAGCACUGGCACAGCUUCCUGACAUGGGCUGCUGGCACUGGAGAACAGCAUCAGAGAGCCCUGAGAUUCAGGAAUGAUCAGCCUCCUGCCAGUUUUGUUAAUGACAGUCUCUUUAUCAGGGAGGAAAAGCAGUAUGUGAACCGAUUCUGGAAAGAAAUCCGUGUGGGAGAUUUUGUGCGUCUUCGCUGCAAUGAGAUCAUCCCUGCAGACAUUCUCCUGCUCUCCUCCAGUGACCCAGAUGGCCUGUGCCACAUUGAGACUGCCAACCUGGAUGGAGAGACCAACCUGAAGCGACGGCAGGUGGUCCGCGGCUUCUCAGAGCUCGUCUCCGAAUUCAAUCCUUUGACGUUCACCAGUGUAAUCGAGUGUGAGAAGCCAAACAACGACCUGACUAGGUUUCGUGGUUGCAUUAUACAUGACAAUGGGAAAAAGGCUGGGCUGUAUAAAGAAAACCUGCUGUUGCGAGGAUGCACCAUCAGAAACACGGAAGCUGUUGUUGGCAUGGUCAUCUAUGCAGGACAUGAAACCAAGGCUCUGCUGAACAACAGCGGGCCCCGCUACAAGCGCAGCCAACUUGAGAGGCAGAUGAACUGCGACGUGCUCUGGUGUGUCCUCCUCCUCGUUUGUAUGUCUCUGUUUUCUGCGGUCGGACAUGGACUGUGGGUAUGGCGGUAUCAAGAGAAGAAAUCAUUAUUUGAUGUCCCUGAGUCUGAUGGCAGCUCUUUAUCCCCAGUCACAGCUGCAGUUUACUCAUUUUUGACAAUGAUAAUAGUUCUGCAGGUUUUGAUCCCAAUUUCCUUAUAUGUUUCCAUUGAAAUUGUUAAAGUAUGCCAAGUCUACUUCAUUAAUCAGGAUAUAGAGUUGUACGAUGAAGAAACGGACUCACAGCUGCAGUGUCGAGCUCUCAACAUCACCGAAGACUUAGGGCAGAUACAGUAUAUCUUCUCAGAUAAAACUGGCACUUUAACUGAGAAUAAGAUGGUUUUCCGAAGAUGCACUGUGUCUGGCGUAGAAUAUUCCCAUGAUGCAAAUGCCCAGCGUCUGGCCAGGUACCAGGAGGCAGACUCAGAGGAGGAAGAGGCAGUGCCCAGAGGGGGCUCGCUGCCCCAGCGCAGCAGCAUUGCGAGCCAUCAGAGCAUUCGCAUCAUGCACAGGAGCCAGAGCACCAAGUCACAUCGGCGCACAGGCAGCCGGGCCGAGGCCAAGCGGGCCAGCAUGCUGUCCAAGCACACAGCUUUCAGCAGCCCUAUGGAGAAAGACAUUACACCUGACCCAAAGCUGUUUGAGAAGGUGAGUGAAUGUGAUAGGUGUUUGGCCAUCGCAAGGCACCAGGAAUACCCACUGGCCCACCUCUCACCAGAGCUCUCUGAUGUGUUUGACUUUUUCAUCGCACUCACCAUCUGCAACACGGUAGUAGUCACAUCCCCGGAUCAACCACGACAAAAGGUGAGGGUGAGGUUGGAGGUGAAGUCCCCGGUGAAGACGAUAGAAGACUUCCUACGAAAGUUCUCACCCAGCCGCCUGACCUCCGGUUGCAGCAGCAUCGGUAGCCUGGCCACCAACAAGACCACCCACAAGUCAGGGUCAAACUUUCUGUCCACCCUGUCCAAUGACAGCACACUGCUCAGGCUGGAGGAGAGGCUGGGCCAGCCAGCCCCAGCCAUUGCCAGCAAUGGCUACAGCAGUGGGGCUGCCAGCUGGGCCCCAGAGCACACUGCCCAGGAGCAGGGGGUGGAGCUGGAGCAGGAGCAGGAGCUGCGCUAUGAGGCAGAGAGCCCCGACGAGGCAGCCCUUGUGUAUGCUGCACGGGCCUACAACUGCAUGCUGGUGGACAGGCUGCAUGACCAGGUAUCAGUGGAAUUGCCCCACCUGGGCAGGCUCACCUUCGAGCUCCUACACACGCUGGGCUUCGACUCCAUUCGCAAGAGGAUGUCAGUGGUGAUCCGGCACCCACUCACCGAUGAGAUCAAUGUCUAUACCAAAGGAGCUGACUCAGUGGUCAUGGACCUCUUACUGCCUUGCUCCUCAGAUGACGCCAGAGGAAGGCAUCAAAAGAAAAUCCGAAGCAAGACUCAGAAUUACCUCAACCUGUACGCAGUGGAAGGUCUGCGCACUUUGUGCAUUGCCAAAAGGGUUCUGAGUGAAGAAGAGUAUGCCUGUUGGUUGCAAAGUCAUUUAGAAGCAGAAUCCUCCCUGGACAAUCGUGAAGAGCUUCUCUUCCAGUCUGCCAUUCGCCUGGAAACAAAUUUGCAUCUGUUGGGUGCUACUGGGAUUGAAGACCGCCUGCAGGAUGGAGUCCCAGAGACCAUUGCUAAAUUGCGUCAAGCAGGCCUGCAGAUUUGGGUUCUCACCGGUGACAAACAAGAAACCGCUAUUAACAUUGCAUAUGCCUGCAAACUGCUGGACCAUGAUGAGGAAGUCAUCACCCUGAAUGCUGAGUCCCAGGAGGCCUGUGAGGCCCUGCUAGACCAGUGCCUACACUACGUGCAGUCCAGGAGCCCCCGCAUUGCCCCUGAGAAGACCACAGACAACGUGAGCGUGGGGUUCUCCCCUCUCUGCCCACCCUCCACGUCUACCACCUCUGGCCCCAGCCCGAGCCUCGUGAUCGACGGGAGAAGUCUGGCCUAUGCCCUUGAGAAAAACCUAGAAGACAAAUUUCUCUUUCUCGCUAAGCAGUGCCGGUCAGUCCUUUGCUGUCGCUCGACACCUCUGCAGAAGAGUAUGGUGGUGAAACUGGUCAGAAGCAAGCUCAAGGCCAUGACCCUGGCCAUAGGAGAUGGAGCCAAUGAUGUCAGCAUGAUCCAGGUGGCAGAUGUGGGUGUGGGGAUCUCAGGCCAGGAGGGCAUGCAGGCAGUGAUGGCCAGUGACUUUGCAGUGCCGAGAUUCCGAUACCUUGAGAGACUCUUAAUUGUUCAUGGACAUUGGUGCUAUUCCCGACUUGCCAACAUGGUGCUGUACUUCUUCUACAAAAAUACAAUGUUUGUGGGCCUCCUGUUCUGGUUCCAGUUUUACUGUGGCUUCUCUGCAUCUGCUAUGAUUGACCAGUGGUAUCUGAUCUUCUUUAAUUUGCUCUUCUCGUCACUUCCCCAGCUUGUGACUGGGGUGCUGGACAAGGAUGUGCCAGCUGAUGUACUGCUGACUGAACCACAGCUCUACAAGAGUGGUCAGAACAUGGAGGAAUAUCGGCCACGUACCUUCUGGUUAAACAUGGCUGAUGCUGCUUUCCAGAGCCUGGUUUGCUUUUUCAUUCCUUACCUGGCCUACUAUGACUCAGACACAGAUGUGUUUACCUGGGGGACCCCCAUAACAGCAAUCGCGCUGUUCACCUUCCUCUUGCACCUUGGUAUUGAAACCAAGACCUGGACCUGGCUCAACUGGAUAGCUUGUGGCUUCAGUAUCCUUUUAUUUUUCACUGUGGCUUUGAUUUACAAUGCUUCUUGUGCAACGUGUUAUCCUCCAUCCAAUCCUUAUUGGACUAUGCAAACAUUACUGGGCGACCCCGUAUUUUACUUGACUUGUCUCAUAGCACCUGUUGCUGCAUUGCUUCCCAGAUUGUUUUUCAAAGCCAUGCAGGGGAGCCUUUUCCCCACCCAACUUCAGCUGGGGCGCCAGAUGGCCAAGAGGUCCCCCAAGAAACUCAUUGCUCCCAAAGAGACCUUUGCUCAGGGACACCUCCCAGGAGAACCCAGAACUGAAUCGUCUGAACAGAGGAGAAUCAGUACCUCUGGAUCCCUCUCCCGGGACUGCAUCUCACAGGCAUCUUGGCAUAUGCAGCGGCCAGCCUGCUCCCCAGAAGCUCGUGGGGAGCCCAGUGUGGUUGACAUGAAUAUGCCCUUAAGGGAGGACAUUCUGCUAGAAGGACUGAGCAGUCAGUCCCCCGGGUCCUCCAUGCCAAGGGAGGCUAUCCUGGAAGGGUGUCCUGGGGACUCCAAGAUGAAACCCACCAGCACCAGCAGGGCAGCCUCCCUGUCGUCCAUUUUCAACCUGCCCAACUUCAGCUCAUUCAACUGGAUUUCCCCCCUCUCGCUGGUCAAUGGGCUAGGAAGUGUCUUACAGUUCUCUCGAAGUAGUUUACAGAUGGACAAGAGGGACAGUGAAUUUUUGCCUAACCCGCCUCAGCCAGACCAGGAUCUGUGUGGCUUAAAUGGGCAGACCACCAACUAUUUCUAG